CUCGCAUUCCCCCCGCGACAAUAUCUUUGUGUUCCUCUCGUCCCUCCCCUCUAGGCCACUACCGCAACGCGAUUCCCCAGCGACAGCGAGUCCACGGAGAGUCGAGCCAGGGCACCCCAGAGAUGCCUCCCAAGCGCAAGUCCCCGGCGGCAGCUGCCCCAGCGGCGGGUUCCCCGCGGAAGACGCGGAGCGUGGCCGCCGCCGGGAAGCGGGGCGCGGAGGCUGCUCCGGCGAAGGCGGUGCCGGCCAAGAAGAAGGAAGUGGGGGCGGCGGUUGCCGAGCAGAAGGGGAGGAAGAGGGCCAAGAAGGACGAGGCGGUGACGGCGGCCGCCGAGCCGAAGGGGAGGAAGAGGGGCAAGAAGGAGGCAGAGGAGGCGGCGCCGGCGGAGGAGAAUGAAGGCGAUGCGGUGGCGGAAGGGAAGCGCGUCAUCGUCGAGGCCUGCACUCAAUGCAGACAGUUUAAGAUACGAGCUCAGAAGGUGAAGGAGGACCUGGAAAAUUCUGUUCCUGGGGUUUCUGUGAUAAUCAACCCUCAGAAGCCACGGCGCGGUUGCCUCGAGAUACGUGAAGAAGGAGGUGAAGUGUUCAUAUCACUUCUGAACAUGCCACGCCCCUUCACGCCAAUGAAGAAACUCGAUAUGGAUGAGGUUAUCAAGGACAUUGCAAAGAAAAUCUCCUAAAUCAAGUUGGCUGGCCAUGGCUCGAUGGCACCAUUUUGUGCUCCAAAGCUUCAAGCUGAGCAAGUAAUCCUCCAAGUGUACGGUGUACCUUCGUGUAGAGUCACCAUUAAUCGCACUUCCGACUGCAUUGUCGAUGUCUCUUCCAUAGAAUUUGGAAGCAGUGGUCCAUUCUGUCUUGAGCUAAGACAUGUUGAAUUAGCAGAUGUGGCAAUUACUAGUGCUUCUAUUGCAUGAAAGGUUCACAAAGAAAUUCCAGGAACAACAAGGGAGCUAAGUGGAAACACUAGCCUGACAAGCUGAAUGUCAAAUCCCUAGUAAUCGAGAGAUCAUAAUAUCAAAUCAUAGACAAUGCAGUAAACUCACAUGAUGUUUAGCCAUAAGACACUAGUCCAUGUGACAUCACUUUGUUCGGACGGGUGUGGCUGGUGGAUGGUGCUGAUUUGUUGUGAGAGAAAAGUACUGGUGACUGAUGGCUGGUGCUAAUUUGGUGUGAGAAAAAUACUGCUGGCUGGUUGGCUGACAAGCCAGCCUAAUAGAGUGAAUUGGAUGGUCAUGCCUUUAAGAUA